AUGCCACAGCCUGAUUUUGAUACUUAUUUGCAUAGAAUGGGAAGGACUGGACGUUUUGGAAAGCCAGGAAUAGUUAUUAACUUGGCAGAUUCUGAUAUUGCGAUGAAUUAUGUAUAUCAAUUCCAGGCUCAUUUUGGUCGUGUAAUUCAACCACUCGACGCUAACGAUUACGAUCAGAUGGAACGAAUCGAAGAAAGCACUCGUCAAAUGUGA